CUCAUCUCCUCCAUUCCAACCAUAGAUAUAGGCGUCCAAUGUAAAGCUUUUGGCUUUAGCUGAGAGUGUAGCCGAACGUUUGGCUACUUGCCGCUUAUUGUAUGGUUGUGCGUGUCGAUCUAAUAUGAACUUAGCAAUGUACAACAAACCAGCUCUCUUAGCAUUGUCUCCAUUUAGAGGUCUGUCAACUGAUUGGAACACAGACGUGAAUGAAAAGUUGGCAAUUGUGUACGCUUGUAAAAUUUGUGAACAUAGAUCAUCGAAAGUUUUUAGUAAACUUGCUUACAAGAAAGGUGUUGUUGUCGUCAAGUGCCCUUCUUGUCAAAGUUAUCAUCUUAUCGCUGAUAAUCUUGGUUGGUUUGGUGAUAAAAAUAGAAAUAUCGAAGACAUUUUACAAGAGAACAAAGAUGCUGUGAAAAGAGAAUUGGACGAUUCUAGUUUUGAAAUUUUAACAAAAUUUUUAUUCGACAUUAAAACGUGAACAUAAAUAUAAUGAGCAAAAUGUUUAUAACAUGAAAAAGUUUGUUAUUCAAACAUUAUUUACAUCAAAAAGUUUUCUAUGAAAAAAGUUGUUGUCUGUGUUAAGUAAAGCAAAUGUUUGCCCCAGAAAACUUUUAUUUGUUUACUUGAAAAUUUUUUGUGACACAUCUCUGUUUACACUAAAUCUAGUGGUAGAAACAUUGGUAUCAAAAUCCGCAAUUUUGCUUGCUGUUGUCAUGUUUAUCCUAGGGAUCAUGACAUAUAAUUAAAUGUUUUAUGGUUGGAUGCUCUUUUGACAUCAAGAACAAGAUGCCUAGCAUCGACUGUAAAGUGGAGAAGAGGGAUCUUGACCGCCUACCCUGUAAAGGAUAAAGGUCAUAAAGUGUAGUCAAAGAAGAAGGGGGAUCUUGACCACCAACCCUGUAAAGGAUAAAGGUCAUAAAGUGUAGUCAAAGAAGAAGGG